GAAGGAAACCAGUCGACUCCUAUGGAAUUUAUCCUCCUGGACUUCAAUACUGAGGAUCUACAGAUUUUACUUUUUAUACUGUUUCUACCUGUUUAUGUUGUGACAAUGGCAGGCAAUGUCCUCAUUGUUAUUCUAGUAACCUUUAAUCCACAUCUUCACACCCCCAUGUACUUCUUUCUGGGGAACUUGUCCUGUUUGGAGACCUGCUAUAGUUCAGCUAUCCUGCCAAGAAUGCUGUUUGGUUUUCUGAGUGGGGACAAAACCAUUUCUUUUAGCACAUGCCUUGCACAAUUGUAUUUAUUUGGGGUUCUUGCAGGCACAGAGUGUUACUUUCUAGCAGUAAUGUCUUAUGAUCGAUAUUUAGCAAUAUGCAAACCACUGCAUUAUACAAUGCUCAUGAAUGGCAGAGUUUGCAGCCUGUUGAUUGCUGUAUCCUGGAUAUGUGGAUCUCUGGGUAUCAGUGUCCUAAUAUUCUUGGUGUCUCAGUUGACCUUUUGUGGACCCAACAAAAUUAACCAUUUUUUCUGUGACUUCACCCCAGUAAUAAGACUCUCCUGCAAUGAUACUGCUUUGAUUGAAAUUAUAGCCUUUACAGUCUCCUUUGUAUGUACUCUCCCUCCACUCCUGAUAACCCUCACAUCUUAUGUUUGCAUCAUCCACAGCAUUUUAAGAAUCCCUUCCACUACAGGGAAGCAAAAAGCCUUCUCUACUUGUUCCUCACACCUUACUGUGGUUUCUUGCUUCUAUGGCUCUCUGAUGAUAGUUUAUGUCUUACCAAACAUCAGCUCACUUAGCGAGGUGAAGAAAUUGUUGUCUCUUUUCUACACACUUCUCACACCUCUGCUCAAUCCACUCAUAUACAGCUUGAGGAAUAAAGAGGUAAAGGAAGCAGUGAGGAAAACCUUCAGGAAGCUUCACAAACUUAAAAUCCAGAAGAGAGAGAACAAAAGGAAGUUUUGA